UACACGAGCAGUAUUUAUCGACCUUUGCUCCAGAAUGUAAACAUUGUCGGUGGAACUUGUCAAUUUGUACCGUAUCGUCGUUUGUCAUAGUAUGUGCAGUUCACUCAAGCAUUGAAAAUUACUACAUGUAAAGAUACUCAAGACUAUCUUUAUGAAGAACUAAAAUAAUCAACAUCAUAUAAAAGACAAAACACCAAAUUAUGUAGUUAAAGAAGAAAGAUAAACAGAAAAGAGGAAAGAAGAGAUCUGAGGAAAAUAGACUAAUCCUAGUCUACAACUUUAUAAUAGAAGAAAGAAUAAGCUGGUAUCCCAGAUGGUAAAAUAAUUUUUGUAUGUGAAAAGGAACAAUUUUACAAGAGAAAGAAAAUGGGAAGCUAAGAAGGGAACUCAGGUGCUGGGAGGAGCCGAGAUGGGCUCCUUUGUGACGCUGGACCUUCAGUCUCUCAUGAAGCUUCUUGAGACUUGUCAUAAUUGCUCGUCAGGUAAGCCACCUCAAGUGACUAUUGAGGAGACUCUCUCAAAGAAAUUAAGAAACGAUGUAGUUAGGCCUUUCACAUUUAUGUGUUGUGGAGUAAUUGUGAAAACAGAAGGUGCCAUUUUCUGGCAUUCUGAUGAGAUUACGCCCGAUGCUAUUACUUGUGGUGGUGAUAUUGAGAAUCGGGCAGAAUUCAAAUUAGCAAAUGGAGAGGAAGUGGAACUGGAUCAGUUUGAAGACAUUAUUGUAAAAUGUGAAGAUGACACAUGUAGAGCAGAUGUUGAUAGUGAUGAAGCUAAUGGGAUCAAGGUUUUGGCCGAAGAAGAUCCACUUUCUCUGGGUGAAACACAUGAUUUGCCUACAAACAAUUCAGAAAAUGUAAUCUAUACCAAAGACAGUUUCAAAAGCCAGGCAGAGUCAUCACAGAACUUGAGUAAUAAGGAAUUAAGAAAGAAUUUACUUUGUAUUCUGAGUCAGCAGGAUACCUUGGUUCAGAAUGAUACUCCUGAACAAAGUAGCAAGGUCAGUGGAUCUUCAAAACACACAAAAUAUCCAGACACAUUUACGUGUGAGUUUUGUGGUAAAGUGUUCACAGGAAAAGAAAGAGCGUAUCAGUUUUAUUAUCAUAGAAACAAGGAACAUACACAUGAGAUGCUUUACAAAUGUGAUAUUUGUUCUAAAGGGUUUUGGGGUGACAGGGAGUUGCUGGCUCACAUGGCAGGGCAUAGAGAUCCAGGUCACAUCUGCCACAUCUGUGGGCAAAAGUUCAAUGCAAAACGGAACUUGAAGGCCCAUUUGUUAAUUCACCAGCCCUUGCGAGAACACACAUGCCGAUUUUGUGACAAGUCGUUUAGAAGAAAAGAUCACUUGCAAGUCCAUGAAAGAAUUCACACAGGAGAAAGACCCUAUCAGUGCAAGUGGUGUGAGUCAGGCUAUCCGCAAAAACGUCAACUGGUUCUGCAUCAGCGGAAGUGUCCUAUCCAGAGAAGGCAAAAUUUGAGAUAUGUAAAUGCUGUAAGUUAAGGAAAAAGUAUUGUAAAUGCUGGAGGGAGGGAGAGAGAGAGUGAGAGUGAGAGUGAGAGUGAGAGUGAGAGUGAGAGUGAGAGUGAGCGAGUGAGAGUGAGCGAGGGAGCGUGAGAGUGGUAAGUGUGUGUGUGUUUGUGUGUGC